AUGCCUGUAGUAAAAUAUAGGUUCAUUGGUACUACUCAAACCGCAGAAUCCAGAUAUUUGUUUCCUUGGUUGGUGUUCUCUAGAGAUAACAACUCCAGCAUCUAUAGUUUUGUAAACCCGAUGCAUAAUAAUGAGAACUACCUCAUGAAGUUCUCGGAAUUACCAGUAGGUGCCACAAUCCGUUAUCAAAGGGGUGGUUGGCUUCUGAUGUCGAGAGAGAAAGAAUUAUUCUUUUACAAUCCUUUUACAAGAGAGACCAUCCAACUUGCUGAUUUUCCAGGGCGUCAUGAAUUGUCUGACAUCUCUUUCUCCUCUUUACCGACUGCUCCAGACUGUAUAGUUUUUGGGAUUGAUAAAUAUGGCUUGGGUAUUACUAUCACCAUCUACUCGAUUAGAAGAGGAGAACAAGAAUGGGUAGUUCUUGACCAUCAAGAUUCUGAUGUUCCAAAAUAUCCGCCUUCACGAAACACUCCAACUUUGUUCAACAGGGUCUUCUAUUCUGCAGGUUAUGAUGGAACUUUAAAAAAUACUUGA